AUGAUUCUCUUCUCUAAGUGUAAUUUGAUAUUUAUUUGCACUUUGGUGAUCACUUUGCUGCCCUUCGGGCUCUUGGAGCUUUAUUACGAUGAAGUUCAAAGCUUGAGCGAACUUCCAAUGGAUAAACUUUUGAAAAUACGAUCCAGUUUCGGCGAAAUCGAAGAAGAUUUAGAAGAGGAAGAAGAGGAGAAUGGCUUAGAAGGAAGAACAAUUCCUUUAGCUUACAAGUUGCCUCAAAAAAAAAUCGGGAACAAAUUGCGGAGAUACGGUGGGUGGGAGGAAAAAGGCGAGGAGAGUAAAAUUUCUAAAAUAUUCCAAUUUUCUUUAACAACUCUUUCGUUUCUCGCCUUCGGCGGAUACUUGCUCACAUUAAUAAUUACUUCUUUAAAAAGAAAUUCGGGUACUUCCGGAAAUGUAAUCGUUUUAUCGAAUCUGCAAAAAUUCACGAGACCAAAGCGUGACGUGAUAGGAAUAGACCCAAUGGAGAACGACUUCAACACCGACAGACUUUACCGCGGGAUGAUAAUGCUCUCGGAGGAGUUCGCGUCUUACUCCAAGCCGAAGCACUAUUGA